GAAAACGCUUGACUAUUUUUCAUAAAUGUAUGUUGAUUAUAACCUCAAAAGUGACAAAUUGUUUUUCAGUAAAAAAUAUUAUUUACAAUGAAUAAAGUCUUAAAAAAGCCAAAUAAACCUGACAGUACAUUCGUACGAUGCCAAAAAUGUUUGGAAUAUGGACAUUGGAGUUACGAAUGCAAAGGAAAACGCAAACAUUUAAUACGAGAUUCACGUACAAAAAUCUUAAAUAAACGUAUUAAACAAAUUGAGGCUGCUAAAAGCGAAGAAAAUGGUUCAAAUGAAAAUAAAACAAAAAAUGACACAAGUUCAUCCUCUAGCAGUAGUUCCUCAUCAUCUUCGUCAUCAUCUUCAUCGAGUUCGUCUAGUUCGAGUUCGAGUUCCGACAACGAAUCAUCGUCAGAUAGCGAAAGUGAUUCAAGCUCCUCCUCAUUAUCGGAGACAAAAAGUUAAAAGUUUUUUUUCGUUCAAUAAAUUCGUAAUUUAAAAUUAGUUUUUCUUUAGUAAAUAAUGAUUAAAACAAAAGGAUAUUUAAGAACGUAAUUUAUUUUAUCUUAUAAUCGACUUCGACAAUUAUUCGACGUUAUU